AUGAAAACAAAACAACUUGUUGUUGUUGGAUUUUUGUUUUCACUACUCCUUUUGGUCGACUCUCACACAACCGAGUCAAUAUCAGAUCACGAAGAGAACGCAAACGCAAACGCAAACGCAAAAGCUGUAACCGUAAAGGAUCAGAAGCAGAUAAACAGAGGAAGACGCAGUGGUAGCGGUCAGAAUCGUGGACGCAGAAGCUGCGAUCCACUCUUCCAAUACUUAUUCGGAAUAUGUGGCCGUUGGCCUUUUCCUACAACACCUUCACCUGAUAACCCUUUCCUCCCUUUCCAACCACCGCGUCCGAGACCACGUCCACCGCCGUUGGUUCCAUCGCCACCACCACCUCGUCCACCAUCACGUCCGAGACCGCGUCCAAGGCCACCACCACCACCGUUAGUUCCAUCACCACCACCACCACCCCCUACGCCUCUUGUUCCAUCACCUCCUCCUCCCUCUCCGCCACCGAUUUUCUUAUUCCCAUCGCCGCCACCACCAGUUAUAGCGUUCCCGCCACCUUUGGUUCCAUCUCCUCCGCCGCCAAUAUGGCUGCCACCACCAGUGUUCACUCUUCCACCGCCACUGGAUGAGUUUCCACCUAUGCCACCAAUAAUUUGGCUGCCUCCUCCGGAUGUUCCCGGUCAAUCAUCGCCGGCGGAGGACUUUGAUCUGAUAACUCCUUAG